AGAUCAAUAAGCACAAAGCUUUCGUCUUCUUCUUGAAUCUUGGCUCUCAACAUGGAUCCAUACAAGGGUUCGAAUCUCAUCCUCCCUCCCCCCAAUCAACGCCCUUCAAGCGCGUAUAAUGCCCCGUUUUGGACCACAAAUGCUGGUGCACCCGUUUACAACAACACUGCAUCAUUGACUGUGGGAAACAGAGGUCCAAUUCUACUUGAGGACUAUCAUUUAAUUGAGAAACUUGCUAAUUUUACUCGCGAGCGGAUCCCUGAGCGCAUUGUACAUGCAAGGGGUGCGAGUGCUAAGGGAUUCUUCGAGGUCACACACGAUAUCACGCAUCUUACGUGUGCCGAUUUCCUUCGUGCUCCGGGAGUUCAGACUCCUGUCAUUGUCCGUUUCUCCACUGUUAUCCAUGAGCGUGGUAGCCCUGAAACGAUCAGGGAUCCCCGAGGUUUUGCAACGAAAUUUUACACCCGAGAGGGUAACUUCGACAUCGUGGGAAACAAUUUCCCCGUUUUCUUUACUCGUGAUGCAAUGGCAUUCCCAGAUGUGAUUCACGCUUUCAAACCGAAUCCGAAGUCUCAUAUUCAAGAGGACUGGAGAAUUCUCGACUUCCUGUCGCACCAUCCCGAGAGUUUGAACACCAUGACUUUCUGGCUCGACGAUCUUGGCAUACCAACAGAUUACAGGCACAUGGAAGGCUCGAGUGUUAACGCCCUCACUUUGAUCAAUAAAGACGGGAAAACACACUACGUGAAAUUUACGUGGAAACCGACGUGUGGCGUGAAGUGUCUCUUGGAGGAUGAAGCCGUCAAGAUCGGAGGAACUAAUCACAGCCAUGCCACACAAGAUCUCUACGAUUCGAUCGCUGCUGGUAACUUUCCUGAAUGGAAGCUGUUUUUCCAAGUUAUCGAUCCUGAUCACGAAGAUAGGCUCGAUUUUGACCCACUCGAUGGCACCAUGACCUGGCCGGAGGACGUAAUACCGUUGCAGCCGCUCGGCCGUAUGGUUUUGAACAAGAAUAUUGAUAACUUCUUUGCUGAGAAUGAACAGCUUGCAUUCAACCCGGGUCUCGUUGUUCCUGGAAUCUAUUAUUCGGACGAUAAGAUGCUCCAAGGUCGGAUUUUUGCAUAUUCCGAUACGCAAAGGCAUCGGCUCGGACCGAAUUACUUGCAGUUGCCUGUUAAUGCUCCAAAAUGUGCUCAUCAUAAUAAUCACUAUGAUGGAAAUAUGAACUUCAUGCACAGGGAUGAAGAGGUUGAUUACUUCCCUUCGAGGUAUGAUCGUGUUCAACAUGCUCAGCAGUACCCAAUUAAUCCUGUUAGGCUGACUGCAACCCGUGAACGGACCGUUAUCCCGAAAUGUAACGAUUUUAAGCAACCAGGAGAGAGAUACAGAUCAUGGGCACCAGACAGGCAAGAAAGGUUCAUUUGCCGAAUGGUUAAGAUGUUGUCCGACCCACGCGUUACCCACGAGCUUCGCAGCGUUUGGAUCUCGUACUGGUCUCAGGCCGACCAGUCGCUAGGGCAGAAGAUAGCGUCACGCCUCAACGUGCGUCCAAACUUUUGAACAAAACCAUCUUGAAACCCGUGUUCAUCGUGAACAAGAGUGUGGUCAAAACGACUUUAUACGAAACGUCCUCCAGCUCGCUCCGCCUGUUAUAAAAGUACUCGGUUUCAAGCUAUGCACUACCCUUUCGAUUACGUAAUGUUUUUGUGUACUAAACGAACCUGGAACGUAGAAUAAAAAGCGCACUCGAUGCGCCAACUUGUGACGUUCCAUGUUCGGUUUGAAUCUUAAACCAUAUGGCUUACAUGUUGUCUAAGCUGCUUUCUACAUGUAAUAGCGUUUAUUUAUGUUUGAUUUUGGUGGUUGCUUGUGGGUAUUUUGUGCAAUGUGAUAUCACUCGUCUUUCGGUUGC